AUGCAGGAUCUGAUGACAGCUGAGGUUGUGCAAAGGAGUUUAAUCAGUAUACUCGAAACUAUCAGAGAGAGCGUGGUGAGAUCAACGAAAACUAACAGGUUUAUGAAAAGGAGUAUCUUCACAAUUUUUCUGUUUCUAGAUGUUUACUUGUGGCUGUGAGUAAAACAAAACCAGCUGACUUGAUAGCUGUAUGUUACAGUCAGGGGCAAAGGCAUUUUGGCGAGAACUACGUUCAAGAACUCGAAGAAAAGGCGAAAUACCUGUCAGAGUCGUGUCCAGAACUUCUCUGGCACUACAUCGGUCAAGUUCAAUCAAAUAAAGUUUGUUUGUUUUUUUUGUUUUCAUUAAUUUUCGUAACGUUUCGAAGCAGAUUGCCAAAAUCGCAUCAGUUCCAAACCUGUACUGCGUAGAAACUUUGGAGAGCGAGAAGCACGCAGCGAUGUUUGAUAAGGUUAGGCUUGUGAUACCAGUAAAAGUGGAAAUUUUUUUAGACUUUAGGAGUGGGCCAAGAAGUCUAGCCCAACGAAGUUGCGUGUUCUCGUUCAAGUUAACACGAGUGGAGAAGAAAACAAAGGAGGUAUGUGUUUAUUUACUGACUUUCAAAAGUACGGAUACUUGCAGGGAUAGCUCCGUCAGAUGCACCAAAGUUGGCUGAAUAUGUUAUGAAAAACUGUUCAAAUCUUCAAUUCAAUGGAUUCAUGACAAUCGGCUCAUUUGAGCACAGGUAAUUAAGUUGAUGGUCGGAGGUACAAAGUUUUACAGCCAUGAAGAAGGGGAGAAUCCCGAUUUCAAAAUGUUAUUCAAAGUACGUGAGCAGUGGUCCUCCGAGCAAGGUGAAGAACACAAAAAAUACAAUUUGUUAGAAAAAUUGUUUUAGGGAGAGCCGAAGAUUCAGUUGAUCUCUCCAUGGGAAUGUCCGAUGACUUUGAACAGGCGAUUAUUCAGGGAAGCACGAGUGUCCGCGUCGGCAGCAAGUUGUUCGGAACCCGCGUCUACGCCAAGAAACCAGAGAGUCAAUAG